UGUGUGUGUGUGCGCGCGCGCGCGCGAAUAAACUCUUGGUAGGAAGAGAAAUGUUGAGAAACGCGCGUACACGCACCGUAGUCGUAGAGGGCGGUACAGCGGGAGCGGGGUGGCUUGGACUGGUUGCUGUGGUAACGGUUUGCUUAGGAGCCUCAACAAAACUACCUCUCGCCUGCUGAACUACAGCAUUCAGCUCCAGUUCUGUCGACCAGGUCAACAAAGUAGAGCAACAAAAUUUGAAAAAGAAGCGAGACUGAAGUGCCAAACUUUAAGAACCUUCAGCAGUCAGAGUGAAGUACAGGGUGGCUUGAUUUCACACCUAAAAGCCCUCUGUGAUCACGGACGGCGGGGGACAUGUCUCGGCUCCGGCUCGUGGAGAUGCAGCCCAAGUUUCUGAUGUCAGAUUGGCAUCAGGCCAACCGGAUGCAUUAUGGGAAUGUGGAGGCUAAGCGUCUGCAGUCUGAGCGUCUGGUUGCUGAAAGCCAGAGGCUGGUGGAGGAAAGUGACAAAGCCACACAGCGCAUGCAACAGGAAGUUAACCAGAGACUGGAGUGGAGAAUCAAAGAUAUCAGGUUCUGGAAACAAGAGCUGGAGCUUAAAUUGAACGAUAUGGUAGAGGAGAUUGAGACGUUGUUAACCACGAAGACGCGUGUCGAGAGAGCCCUCGAGAGCUGCUCCGAGCCCCUGCGGGUCACCCUUCAAUGUAUGCUCGAGAGAGAGAAGCGUGUGGGCAUCGACCUGGUUCAUGAUGAUGUGGAGAGGGAGCUCAUUAAGGAAAAAGAAGUCAUCGAGGGAGUGUCCGCGCUGCUCCAGCGUACUCUGGAGCAGAUCAACGAGCAGAUCAGAUUGAACCGCUCAGUCAAGUACUACCUGGAAAAGGACCUGCGGGAUAAGGUCCAGGCAGAACAGAUUGAUGACUACUGCUCCAACCUUAGCAAUACCUCCAUUAACAUCCCCCACACAGUGGCACCAAUUCCCACCACAGGGAGGGCCACCGUUACACCGAAAGAAUGGGAGCAGUUCUCAGACCUGAACAUGUCCAAAGCGGAGCGGGAGAAGAACAACUCGGUGUCUCUGCGGGUACUGGUGGACAGUCUGCUGGAGCAGACGGCCUCGGACAUGCGCAAGGCACACCAGGCUGUAGGAACUGCACUUGAACUGUGCAUCCAGGAGACCAAGAGUGCCAAGUGCCAACUGGAGGAGAACCUAGCUAAGGUCCUGGAAGAGAUGGCGAGGCAAGAGAAGAGCAUGGCGUCUUUGCGUGCGGCCAUUGAAGACAAGCGGGCACCCCUGAGUGUGGCACAAGAGCGCCUUGCAGCACGAAGCCAGAGACCCCGCAUUGAGCUGUGCCACGAUUCGCCACAGGCCCAGCUCUACGCUGAAGUGCAGAAGCUCGAUGGCCACAUCCAAAGACUGAAUAGGAGCCUCUUCCAGUCGGAGGUAGAGCUUCGGGCCCUGAGGAGCAGCCAGCUGACCUUGGAGGAAGAGAUCCUGGUGAAGGCAAACUCGCUGUACAUCGAUGAGGUCAUCUGCACCCAACUGCGUCAACCGAUCGUCGUCCAAAAUUUUUGAUGGUGGACAGGACACUUGGCACUGUGGUGAAUGCCAAAGAAUGGACUCUGGGCAAAUUAAUGACAAGUGUACAAUGUGUUCUUGACAAACAAAAAAACAACAGUACAAAAUGCAUAAUAAAAGUUUACUGUACACCUCAGAUGAAAAAUUGGAGUUAAUUGCUGUUGUGUAAAACACUGAAUACAUUAAAAUACCGCCCCAGUGAAAUCCUGCUGCACUUUUGAUUAUUUAACCU